GACAAGCGACAAUUCAACGACCACCAGUUUGAAAUCCGGCCAAAUAAGUCAAAAUGGUCAACGUUCCCAAAACCCGCCGGACGUACUGCAAGUCCAAGGCUUGCCACAAGCACACCCAGCACAAGGUCACCCAGUACAAGGCUGGAAAGGCCUCUCUGUACGCCCAGGGUAAGCGUCGUUACGACCGAAAGCAGAGCGGUUAUGGUGGUCAGACCAAGCCUGUCUUCCACAAGAAGGCCAAGACCACUAAGAAGAUCGUCCUGCGUAUGGAGUGCACAAAGUGCAAGGCCAAGAAGCAGCUGGCUCUGAAGAGAUGCAAGCACUUCGAGUUGGGUGGUGACAAGAAGACCAAGGGUGCUGCUCUGGUGUUCUAAAUUUGCAAUUUCCUUAUCUGGUUUCUGGGUUUCUUGCAUUGCGAAAACUCUCUGCAACGGUGGAGGGCGUACGACGUGGGCAAUGGAGAAUAAUGAAUAAGAAUUCAUAAAAUAUAUGACUCCAGUUUCAUGGGUCCUCUUCGAUCUGGAAUUGUUCAGACGAGUCCGUUUGACUUCGUAGGAUUCCGAGACGGGAACACGAGAUGCAGUGAGGACCGUACCAAAAGUCAAUAUUAAUUCCAGCGUUACCAGAUAUAAAUGUGAAGAGAAAAUUUUACGAGCGCAGUUUUGUUUUUGACCUUAAACAUUCAAUCUUAGAAGAAAUCUGUGCUCUAUGAAUUCUACAUGUCUAUGCAGCCAUGAAAUUUCUCAAGUCUAGAGCCACAAGCCAAAUUAAGCCC